CCCCUGCCUGGCCAAGGUGAAAAUCAAGACCGAGGUGCUCGACGAGAUCGAGAAUUUCUCGGCCAACGACGAGCUCGACAUCGACGACGCUUACGAGAUCGAGGCGAGGAGGAAGAGGCACAAGAGGGGGCAGAAGGGGAGGGGUUGCCCCCCGAUCAAGAAGGAGGUGAAUCUGGACGAAUAUGUGGAUUUCGAGGAGUACAUAGAGGCGUUGACUACCGGCAAACGAUUGAUCUGCAGCGUGUGCAGGAUCGAGUUCCCUGAUGAGGCGGAGUUCAAGACGCACAUGGUGGGGCACAGCCAUGGAAAAUUGUUCCAGUGCGGUAUCUGCAGGAAACAAUUUUCACGGUCGUCCGCUCUGAAGGAUCACCUUCGCCUUCACGAGACGUUCAAAGCGUUCAUAUGCAGGCACUGCAGCCUUCGAUUUCAGCACAGGGACCAGCUGAGGAUGCACCAGGCCGAGGUGCACUCGAGCCGAAGGCCGUUCGAGUGCGGCGUCUGCAAGAAGAAGCUGCUCCACCGGCAGUCGUUGCGCGAUCACAAGCUGAUGCACACCAACGUGAAGCCGUUCGAGUGCUCGAUCUGCAAGAAGAGGUUCCUCAGGCCGAGCAGCCUGAGGGCGCACAUGAUCGUUCACACGGCCGACUCGCCGUUCGAGUGCGACCUCUGCCCAGCCAAGUUCAAGAGAUCGUCCGUGUUGAAGACGCACAAGUUGACGCACACAGGGGUGAGACGGUUCGAGUGCGACAUAUGCAAGCACAGGUUCCAUCUGAAGGGAGCUUUGAAACAUCACAUUCUGUCCCAUUACGGGGUGAGGCCGUACAAAUGCGAGGACUGCGGUAAAUGUUACAGGAGGUCGUGGGGCCUGAAGGUGCACAGAUAUCGUCACACAGGUGUGAAACGAUUCGAGUGUGACCUGUGCAAGUCACGAUUCAGCGUGAAAACGAAGCUUGCCAAGCACAUUUACGGCCACAUCGGGGAAAAACCGUACAAGUGCGAUUUCUGUGGCCGCCAAUAUGGCGAACGUUACCAAUUGAAGGCACACAAAUGCGGGAACCCGUCUAAGACGAAGAUUGACCGAUCGUUCACCGACUCGAUCACCCAGAUCGUCUUCUUCCAUCCAAAAUCGACCAACAUCUCGUUCGACUCGAGUACAAAGAGUUUUAUCCAAUUGUGAGGGAUAACGCGUCGACACGUUCGAAAGAAGAAACAAGUG